AGUGGAGUCCAUCAUGGCGGGAUACAUGAAACUGAGAGAAUCGUUAAAUUUUGCUAAAGGCAGGGCAAGAAUCCUCGUAGUUUUUGUUUUGGUUUUCCUUCACUUUUUUGAGCGUUCAUUAGGUGCCACUCGCGGCAUAAUUGAUGUCAAGGAUGGACAGGAGGUCGUGGUUCAGGGAUCACAACACUUUUGCUACGUUAAUCAAAUUCCAGUUCCCGGCUGGAGGGAGACCUGGACAAGAAUCCAGGUGAAAGUAUGGAGUUCCAGUCAGCUGAAGGUCACUGUUGUGAAGAAUGAGAAGGAGCUUCAGGAACUCGAGUACUUUAGUUUCUGGUCCUUGGUGCAAUAUUUCAUCCGUGAACAGACUAAUGAAACCACUGUGAGCGUUAACCUCUUCAAUCCAAAGACCUGUUUUCGUGUGGACCCUGCAGAUUCCAGCACAUUUUACACAGUAAAACCUAGUCGAAAUUUCGACAUCUACCUCUUCUUGGUGUUCCUGGCAGGAACCUUACUCUUCUUCUUUGCAGAUAUGCUGAGCAGGAGUCCAGUAUUCUACUACUCAGCGGGAAUCAGUACAGGCAUGAUAGCCUCCCUCAUCAUCCUCAUCUUCGUCCUGGGCAGGUUUUUGCCAAAGAAAAGCCCUUUCUAUGUGCUGAUGGCGGGAGGCUGGUCGUUCUCCCUGUACGUGAUUCAGUUAGUAUUUAAGAACCUGCAGCUUAUCCUCAAAGAGCACUGGCACCUAGCAGUAGGCUAUGCUACUAUUGUAGGGUUCAUCAGCUUUGCAGUGUGUUACCGCCAUGGCCCCCUGGAGGAAGAGCGGAGUAUCAACAUCCUGUCCUGGACGCUGCAGUUGUUUGGCUUGUUGCUGAUAUAUGCUGGCAUUCAGAUCCAGCAGGUGGCGCUAGCACUCAUGGUGGCUGCUUUUUGUUCCAAGAACAUAGAGUGUGCAGUGUGCAUGGCAUUUUCACUCUAUCAGAAACUGAAGCCAAAGUUGCGUUGGAAACCGGAGCCUCGACAGCUGCUUACGGAGGAGGAGUACCAGAAGCAGGCGGAAGUGGAGACACAGAAAGCCCUGGAUGAGCUGAGGAGACUCUGCAGCAGCCCUGAUUUCAGCACCUGGAAAACCGUGUCCAGACUGCAGUCUCCCAAGAGGUUUGCCGACUUCGUGGAGGGCUCUCCUCACCUGAUGUCCAACGAAGUGUCUGUACAUGCACAGGAGUACGGGCUGGGGGGCUCCUUCUUCGAGGAUGAGCUGUUCGCCACGGAUGAGGAAGAUGAUGAAGGAUGGGAGACUGACGAGGAUGUGAAGGCAGAACGCAUUUCACCAUGGAAUAACACGAAAAGAAAGACGUAAAGCCAGGCGCAGAGGAGCUGAUCUGAUCUUACUCAGUCUUGCAAGCGGCCAGGCCGUGAAUAUAGAGACAGAAUGUGAAUGAACUAGGCCAUAUUUAUACUGUCUAAGAAGCUGAAAUCAAGGUUAAGUUGUGGCAUAAGAAUGCAACAACAAAUUCACAACCUCCCAGACCCUCAGCACUGUCCUGACCAUUUUACUGUUUCCCCCCCAGAAAAAUUACUUGUGGAUUUCCUUUCCUCAUAAGCCACAUUUGGAUAACAUGAAGACAUUCAUCGUCACACCUGCUGAUGUUAAACUUGAUGGUCGAUGAGAUUUAUUAAUUAUUAAUAUAUGAUUCUUCUUUUGCUUUAUGAUCGGAUGCGAGCUUAAGUUGUUGUGGCUUGCAUAGGCCUCAGUUUGAGGGUUUUUUCUUUAUAUAGGCAAUAAAUUCCAUUAGAUAAAUAAUUUUUACAGCACAGAGUCAAAAUAAUAGACUAUAUUUGUAUUUUUUAUGGAUAAAAAUGAAAAUAUAAAAAAAAAUA